CUGAAGGACAAUUAGCAAAUGCAAUCAGAUCGUCUUUUAUCGAUAACAUCUGACUAGGUAAGGGUGUCCAAAAUGGCCGAAACAAACCAACAGGUAACCAUUUCUGACUCCAAAUCGCCUCCGUUUGUCAUCAAAACCGUCGAGAUGCACACAGGCGGUGAACCUGUACGAAUCAUCACCGACGGAUACCCUAAAAUCGAGGCGAAAACCAUCCUAGAGAAGCGAGCCUACGUUCGGGACAACCUGGACGUUUUUCGGAAGAGGUUGAUGUGGGAGCCGAGAGGCCACUAUGACAUGUACGGGGCCUUGUUGGUCGAGCCAGACGACAAAAACGCGGACAUCGGCGUGCUUUUCAUGGAAAACAAGGGCUAUAGCACCAUGUGUGGACAUGCUAGUAUCGGGCUGGGGCGUUACGUGGUAGACAGUGGCAUAGUUACCGCGACAAGCCCUCAGACAGAAGUUGUUCUCCAGUGCCCGACCGGCCCCGUGAAAAUGUGGGUCGAUUAUCAAGACGGAAAAAGUGGGCGUGUCAGAUUCCACAGUGUUCCAGCGUUUGUCUUUGCGCUCGACCAAGAAGUCGACGUUCCUAAGUAUGGGCGCGUGAAGGUAGACAUCGCUUCCGGAGGAGCGUUCUACGCCAUUCUCCCUGACCGUUCUCUCGGGCUAGAUAUCCGUACAGCUCCUGUUCAAGCCGUCAGGAACGCCGCCACAGCAGUGACAGAAGCCGUGAAGAAGGCCGUGCCGUUACGCCACCCGGAGCACCCGGACCUGGCGUUCCUGUACAGGACGAUCAUAACAGACGGGCGGGACGAGUACGACCCGACGCCGACGGUUCACACCAGUGUGUACGGUGAUGCGUCCGCAGACCGGUCUCCGUGUGGGUCGGGAACAACGGCAAGAGUUUCUGUAAUGGUGAGAUAA